AUGGACAAAGGGGAGAACCAGGACCAGAGAAGGGAAGACACUUGCUACAGGUCUCCAGAAAAACAAGCCUUCCUUCUAGGCUGUGAGCAGGAUGCAGCCUGCCAUCCGGAUGCCAACAUGCUGGACUACUUGCUGAGCCCGGGCAAGAUCAGCCAAUGGGACGGCCCGCUAGUCACCUGGUACCACGCUGCCAACAGCCAGAAAGAGAUGAGGGCUGCACUGAACAGCGGCGCCAUGGUCCUAGAGGUGGGUGUCACCGUAGAAGGGCUCAACGCAGCCACUGAGACAGGGGUCCCCAUCAUGGCACAUCCCCCGGCCAUCUAUAGCGACAACACCCUGCAGCAGUGGCUGGAGGCCAUGUUGGCCUCUUCCCAGAAGGGUAUCAAGCUGGACUUCAAGAGCCUCAAGGCCUUGGGGCCCUCCCUGGAUCUCCUGCAGCAGCAGACAAAGGACGGGAAAGUCCCGAGGCCUGUGUGGAUCAAUGCUGACAUUCUGAGGGGCCCCAAAGUGCCCAUCUCCAUUGAGGUCAAUGCCACACAGUUCCUGGCCUUGGUUCAGGGGAAGUAUCCUAAGGCCACCCUGUCUCUGGGCUGGACCACCUUCUAUGUGCCCCUGUUCCCAGAUAGCACCUACACCCAAGCCAUGGUGGAGAAGAUGCAGGAGCUGGUGGGAGCAUUGCCACAGAGGAUCAACUUCCCCGUGCAGGCUGUCAUGGUACGGGCUGCCUGGCCCCACUUCAGCUGGCUGCUGGGACAAUCCGACAGGUGAACACUCACAGCCCCUGCUCCUGCCAAACCCACCCCUAGGCACAGAUGCCUCCAAAAAGAUCCCAGAUGCUCAUGGCUGAAAGGGUCUUAAAGAUUCUGGUAUAUCCCCCAC